GGUACUCGGGUGUGCGAUCCGGGUACCGUUUGCGUUGUUCGCGGAGACGAACGUUGCUCGAACUAAAGGGGGCUCGAUCGCGUCGAGCUCGACGGAGUGCGUUACGACACAUGUAUACAUAGUCGUUGUAUGUAUACGUUGCGAAUUGUGACAUAUUGUGAGACACGUGCACAGCGAAAGCGUUUACCCGCCUCGGCCGGCCGCGGGAGGUAACCCUGUUACUGUCCCCGUGGUUGGGUCCGAUGGAGAUUCCGCCGUCGCGUUCCCGCGGAACCCGGCGAACAGAGAGGAGGAUGUUGGAUGCCCGCGAGCACCGAUAAAUGUAAAAAAAAAAGAAAAAAGAAGUGUAUGUAGAGCGUUCGAGCGCAUUGUUUCCUGAAACGAACGACGAGCUGGCAAAAAGAUUAAAGAGAGGGACUGCUCUAUUCCACGUUUGAUCCACGUCGCUUGAUGAUGCCGCGGCCCUCGCGCGAUACCUACGGUGACCAGAAGCCGCCGUACUCUUACAUUUCGCUCACGGCGAUGGCGAUAUGGUCGUCGAGGGACAAGAUGCUCCCUCUUGCCGAGAUUUACAAGUUCAUCGCCGAUCGCUUUCCGUAUUACAGAAAGGACACGCGACGAUGGCAGAACUCCUUGAGGCACAACUUGUCGUUCAACGACUGCUUCAUCAAAGUACCGCGCGGUCCGCAUCGGCCGGGAAAGGGGGCCUACUGGGCGUUGCAUCCCGCUGCCCUGUCCAUGUUCGAGAACGGCUCGCUUCUUCGCCGACGGAAGCGGUUCAAGCUGCACAAGCCGGACAAGGAACUGCUCAAGUCCGAACUAGCGGGCGGCGCCGCCGUGGCUGACGGCGGCAACGACAUCCUAAGAACGUACGAGGCCGCCGCGUUGCUGCACUCAGCCGCUUCCUGGAGCUUCCCCGGCUUCCCAACGGUCUCGCCGUCGUACGCGCAGCUGCCGUAUCUUCAACAAACCGCGAGUGGCAGACAAACCAUCCACACGACACGGGAGAUCCGGGACGAGCGUCGCUUGUCGAACGAUCGCGCUCUGGAGAACGGCGGGCCGGUGAUCGCGACCGGUCGAGAGAGCGAGACAAUUUUCACGGGUGAGAACACUUACGAGAUCACGGCCGGCUACACGCGCGACAAGCUCGCCGAAGAGGAGCCGCUCUCUUCGUCCUCGUCCUCCUCCUCGUUGUCCCGGAUAAACCUCUAUCGCAGCCCCGCUUCCGUGACCGUCGCCUCCUCGCCGCCGCCGCCGCCGAUGUCGCCCACCUCGCCGAAUUCGCUCGCGUCCAAGUCGUCCUACCGUCACCUGUCGCCGAUCUCCAGCCUCGCGGUGGAGGUCGAGCGCACCCAGUUGCCUUCCUGUCGCGAGGACUCGGGUGCGACGGUCGUUCUGACCGCGAACACCGAGAAGAGGGUGAAGAAACCGUUCACCAUCGAGAACAUCAUCGCGCCGGACGACAACAACGAGAGCGGCGGUGACGGUCCUGGCGACGAAGAGGCUUUGAGACUGUCGGACGAGUCGGUCGCGAAAAAGUCGUCGCUCCUAGUGCCGAGACCACUUUACGCCGGAUACACGAUGUCGAUCGCGACCACGGGCGUUCAGAGGCCUUCAUACGGCACCGCAACCUGAAACACAGACGUCGUUCUGUCCCCGUCGUUAUCGAACGAAACAAUGCGACAGUCAUAAAGACGUUUGAAGGAUAUAUCUUUCUCCCUCAAGACAUCCUUUUGGCGUCUUUGCCGCGUCCCUCGGACGUAUUAUUGCGCAUAUAUACACAUUCCGCCCUUCGCUUGUCUAACAUUCCUUCAGGAAGAAAACGAGCAAACUACUUCUCGCUCCUCUCCACGCGAAACGAGACAAUUUCCACCAGCCUCGCGCGAAACGCUCGCAAAUCUCCGUUUCGCGAGAGUGUGAGAAUUUAAUUAUCCGUUCUCUCGAAAUUUCUUCGAGUGAAAUCUCGAAGAGCGAUAGUGAAAAUGCCCCGCCACUCGUGAUUGGUGCGGAGAACUCGCGGAAAGUGAAACAUGUCACUCGUGAAUAAUUUGUAUUAUUGCAAAAAAACAAAUGUCUAUUCUUGUAACCUUAAGUUUCUCGGGUUAUAGUUCUGGUGUUAACUCGUUAGAGAAAGAACCGUUGUGUAAAAGGACUCGGAACAAGAAUCGAAUUCGGAAUUUCCGCUUGCUAGGCCGGUGCUCCACUGAUUCAACUGCCGAGACCCUCGACAGUUGCUACUUACAGCGAAUGUGCUCGCGCGUUCGCUCUUGAAUGAUAUAAUAUUCGAGCGAUUUACUCAUUUUCUCUCGAAGAAAUUCAGGGAGAUGAGAUUAGACGAGCGAAGGGAUAUAAUACACACGAGAACACGUCGAAGAGAAUCCCCGAGAAUUUUCUUUGGUAAAUUUUAGUUGACGUAGAAGAGACGGAUUUCUAAAAAAAAAAACCUCUGCCGUUUUCUUCAGAAUUGAUGUUGGUUUUUUUUUUUGACGAAAUUGUGAGAGGAAACAAUCGCGGAUUCCUUUCGACUCGACGCGAUCCAGUUGCAUGUAAUUGCUGCGAAUCUUUUGUUCAAUUUGUCGCGAAUCGACACGACGCGGACGUAGAUAAGCUGCGUGCAACGUUAAACGUUUGCAAAAUUUUUGUAUGAAUUUCCACGUCAUUCGUUUGUCCGCGGACAUUUUUCUGUCGUUCGAAAAUCGAAUUUUCUCUGAAAAAGGUACGUAACAAACAUUCGAUUAAGUUUUCUCAAAUAUCUCGAAGUUGAUUCGAACGUUUCGAUGUUGUACCUCUUCUAUCGCGCGCGAUUAGGUUCUUUAAUUUAAAAACAAAAAAAAAAAAAAAACCACGUAGACAAAUGACGCGAAGAUUUUGCAAAAAUUCGUGCAAAGCGUGUCACGCAGCCGGGCGUAGAGAGAUAUCGCAUAGGUGACGUUAGUUCCUCGUUUUCGUAAAAAAUACCGUCUUCUUGUCGGGUCCGCUUUGCCGAUACCUGGCUAUUGUUCGCGCCGAGAGUUGCGCGCUCGGGUCGCGAGAGAUAUAACUUCGACCGCGAGUAAUAGUUUAACUAGAGUCGCUACGGGCUAAUCUGCGGUUUUAUCUACGGACACGCAAAGACGAUCAAUCGGUUAUAUUGUCGACUGCGACACCGAACGGACGGCCGGGUCGCGACAUCGGUGUAAAACGCGAAGAUAACGAUUCUAAACGUUUUGCGCGAUGUUUUGUCGCGGCUAUUUCCGUCUGUAUAAUUAAUUAUAGAGGAUCUCUCUUCUCUUUCUGUUCCGAAUGACCAGAGGCGCGAUAACAUCGACGUUACAUCGACAAUACGCGCUUCGACGUUAGUUUUUUUUUUUUUUUUUUUUUUUUUUUUUUUUUUUUUAUUAUUUUAACUAAUUGGAAUGUUCUAUACAAAAGGAACGCGCAGAUGUCAAUUUUAACCGCCGCUAAAUGGAAAGAUACACAAAACAUGUUUUCGGAAUAUUUACACUGAAGAGAAAGAUCGUGUGCUAUUCAAAGGUUUAACGAGCUGUUUCAUUCGUCUCUAUAAACUACUAAAAACACACACACACACACACUUACACAGCGAACAAACAGUAAAUAUGCGUUACGUUUAUGAUAUUUGUUUACUUGUUCUUUUUUUUGUAAAAAUGUAAAUACGUUUAUUAUUUAGGGUUAGUGUGUGACUAACUUAUUAACGAUUUGAGUUCUUAAGAGCAAUUCGAGAUUGCGCUGGUCUUUUAAGAAGUAGAUUUAAGAUGUACCUUGUUGAUGUAAAUUUAGUUUUUACAACACUGUGUAUUAUUUGAUAUACAAACACGUGUUUCGAAAUAAAAAUUUUGAAAAUCCAAUAUUUCGAUUCCGAGGCGAAUACAACACGAAACAAAAAACGAAUACAAUAAAAUUCGCUCGACUCCUCCUUUUGUAUAGAACACGUCCAAUUAACGAUAUUCCCGACGUGAGAUGUGAUGUGAAAUCUCGCGCAGCGCAUCGACUCACAUACAUUUCUGUUGCGAGAUCGAAAUACUAGACAGAAGAGAGAUAUCCCGCGAUUCCCCCCCCUCCCCCCCAUUACGUAAUAAUCCGUCGAAUAAAUUAUUCGAAGCCUUUGCACUCUUUCAUGAAGAAGAGGCUGCUCUCGUUUUAAACACAUUCGUAUGUGCAUUUUAGUGCAUUCCCCAUCAUCUAAUAAUAUUCUGUACUCAUAAUCUCGCUCGCGCGAGACCGAUUUGUAAAUGUAGAAG